AUGAUCCUUUCCACAAUCACAACUCUAACAACCCUCCUCCUUCUCCUCAAAACCACCGCCCAACCCGCCCAAAACGGAACCUACGCCUACAUCAUAAUCGGCUCCGGCCCAGGCGGCGGCCCUCUAGCAUGCAACCUCGCCCGCGCAGGCCACCCAACCCUCCUCCUCGAAGCAGGCGACGACGAACGCGACAUCCGAUCAGUCAUCGCAAACGGCGGGUACUUCAUCACGCCCACCAACAGCUGGUCCUUCUUUGUGCGCCAUCACCCGGACGAAGAGGUCGAGCUGCGGAAUAACCACCUCACGUGGCGGCUGCCCUCCCAGAAUGGAGCUUGUAUUGGACCAUACUGGGUCGGGAACGCGGCGAGGGCGCCUGAGGGGGCGGAGUUGUUGGGGGUGUGGUAUCCGCGCGGUGCGACGAAUGUUACGGGGGAUGCUUCGUGGAACCACAAGAACAUUUGGCGAAUCUUUGAGAGGAUCGAGAAGAACAAUUAUCUGCCAGAAGGCACGCCAGGUCACGGAUUCAACGGCUACUUUAACACGAAUCUCGGCAAUGGGUCGCAGUAUCUCAACAACCCUGGUUUGAUGGACAUUCUCAAGUCACACUUGCGGUCCAUUGGGAAAGAUCCAGAGAAGGUCAUCGAGAUGGUGGGCAGUGACGGGAACUUCCUCAGCGAGGAUAGAGACACGACGGGGGGCAUAUGGGGGCUGUCGUUCCAUGCGACGGACAAAUGGGAGCGGUACAGCUCUCGCACAUACAUCUACGAGACCCUAGCGGCCAAGAACGCAGAUGGCUCUCCCAAGUGGCCGCUGACUUUGUCGACGAAUUCUCUGUCAACGAAGGUCCUGUUUGAAGAGACAGAUGGCGAAAAGCCUAGGGCCGUGGGAGUUGAGUAUUUGGCAGGCAAUUCCACCUACGGCGCCGACGUGCGACACAAUGCGUCGACGACAGGCGAGACGCGGCGAGCAAUGGCAUCUGGCGAAGUGAUCGUCGCAGGCGGUGCCUUCAACUGGCCUCAACUACUACAGCUUAGCGGCAUCGAGGUCGUGGCAGACUUGCCGGGCGUGGGGCGAAACCUUCAAGAUAACCAAGAGUUUCCGGUCGUGGGACACGCCCAGCUCAACCUGACAGCUACUCCGAACCCCAACGAGCCGAUCUGCGCAAAGGGAAGCCCCGGAGACCCAUGCGAAGAGCUGUGGCGGCAGGGAAAGGGCCCGUACAUGCGGCCUGGAUACAACUCGAACGCGUUACUUCUCAAGUCCAACUUUUCGCUGACAGGAGAACGAGAUGUCUUCGUGUUCAGCUGGCCGAGGGCAUUCCGCGGAUUCUGGCCUGAGGUGCAGCAGCCGGAGCUUCUCGAUCCUCCGAAAGCCAUUGGCUUCUCGACCGUUAAGAUGCACCCGCAGAACACGGCCGAAUACAUCAAGAUCAAGUCUGCAGACCCGACGGAACCACCGCAGAUCAACUUUGAGCUCUACAAGGAAGGCGCCGAGACGGACUUAGAAGCGAUAGCUGAGGUGGUGGCGUGGGGCCGACGGAGCAUGCGCGACGUUCAAGGUCCGUGGGGUCCGGUAGAACCAGCUGAACCUCCAUGCUCGCGGAUCGAAAGUGACGGCAGGUGCGGUGACGCGGACCCGGAGUCGGACAAGAAUUGGAUCCGGGAGCAGACUUUUGGACAUCGUCCUACAGGGACGUGCAAGAUGAGCACGGCGGGUGAUGGCAUGGCGGCAGUGAAUUCUGAGUUUCGGGUGUUUGGUGUGGACGGGCUGAGGGUCGUCGACGUGAGCGUGUUCCCGCGGACUCCCGGAGCGUUUCCUGCCGUGGUGACCUUUAUCAUUAGCCAGAAGGCGUCGGAUGUGAUGCUGGAAGGUGUAGCAACAUCGAAGCCGUGA